AUGCCCUUCUCCAACAGCCACAACACGCUGAAGCUGCGCUUCCCGGCAGAGGACGAGUUCCCCGACCUGAGCGCCCACAAUAACUACAGGGCCAAAGUGCUGACCCCCGAGAUGUACGAGAUGUACGCAGAGCUGCGUGCCAAGAGCAUGCCCAGCGGCUUCACGCUGGACUUCGUCAUCCAGACCGGCGUCGACAACCCGGGCCACCCGUACAUCAUGACCGUGGGCUGCGUGGCGAGCGACGAGGAGUCCUUCGAGGUGUUCAGGGAGCUCUUUGACCCCAUCAUCGAGGACCGGCAGGGCGACUACAAGCCCAGCGACGAACGCAAGACCGACCUCAACCCCGACAACCUGCAGGGCGGCGACAACCUGGACCCUAACUACGUGCUGAGCUCGCGGGUGCACACUGGCCGGAGCAUCCGUGGCUUCUGCCUGCCCCCACACUGCAGCCGCGGUGAGCACCCAGCCAUAGAGAAGCUGGCGGUGGAAGCGCUGUCCAGCCUGGACAGCGACCUGGCCGGCAGGUACUACGCGCUCAAGAGCAUGACUGAGGCGGAGCAGCAGCAGCUUAUCAACGACCGCUUUCUCUUCGACAAGCCCGUGUCGCCCCUGCUGCUGGCCACCGGCAUGGCCCACAACUGGCCGGACACCCGCGGUAUUUGGCACAAUGAUAAGAAGACUUUCCUGGUGUGGAUCAACGAGGAGGACCACCUCCGGGUCAUCUCCAUUCAGAAGGGAGGGAACAUAAAGGAGGUGUUCACCGGCUUCUGCAAUGGCCUCACCCAGAUUGAAACUCUCUUCAAGUCUAAGAACUAUGAGUUCAUGUGGAACCCUCACCUGGGCUACAUCCUCACCUGCCCAUCGAACCUGGGCACUGGGCUGUGGGCAGGUGCGCACAUCAAGCUGCCCCACCUGGGUAAGCACAAGAAGUUCUCUGAGGUGCUCAAGCGGCUGCAGCUUCAGAAGCGAGGCACAGGUGGUGUGGACACGGCUGCCGUGGGCGGGGUCUUUGACGUCUUCAACGCCGACAGCCUGGGCUUCUCCAAGGUGGAGUUGGUGCAGAUGGUGGUGGAUAGUGUGAAGCCGCUCAUUGAGAUGCAGCAGCGGCUGGAGCAGGGCCAGGCCAUCAACGACCUCAUGCCUGCCCAGAAGUGA